CAGAGCAAGUAAACCUAAGCCAAAUUUCGCCUUCACAACAACCACCACCACCACCAGCGCUGCCGCCGCCGCUGCAGCAGCCGGAAGUAGAAAUUCAACAGAGACUUGUUUCAAAAUGGGGAGUAGGAAGCAGAAAAAUCAGAAGCAGCAGCUUUCAAAAACACCCACCAAAAAGCAUAAAAAUCAAAAGCCUUUGGGGCCUAAGAAAUCCGAAACUGGUAAUAGUAACACCAAUAGCAAAAGCACCAAGUUCAAGAGAAUCGGGAAGGGGGAGAAGAAGAAGAAGAAUCAGAGCAAGGAGUAUAAGGAGGAGAGGAAGAAGAACGAGAAGAAAGGAGUGGAAAGGGAAAACGACGCCGUACAAGUACAGCAGCCCACGCAGUCGCAGCAGCUGAGUUAUUUCCUCCACCAGUAUCAAUCAGCCAAUGGGAUUCAACUUUCCACUCUCGAACUCGAAUCUUUCAAAGCAGAUACAUGCAUGGUUGAGUUAAGUCAGAAUGCAGCACAAAAUAAUUUGGGAGAACACAUGAAAACAGCAUUUGGAUCCUCAUUCAAAGAAGUUCUUUGUGAGAAACAGCUUGGAGAAGGGAACGUUGAUCCUGGAAAUCCUGCACUUCUUGUAAUUUCUUUAUCAGCCCUAAGAUCAUUAGAACUUCUCAGGGAAUUGCGGCCUCUGACUAAAGAAUGCCAUGCUGUGAAGUUGUUCUCAAAGCAUAUGAAGAUAGAGGAGCAGGUUUCUUUUCUAAAGAAUCGUGUCAAUGUUGCUUGUGGAACACCAAACAGGAUAAAGAAGUUGAUUGACAUGGAAGCAUUGGGCUUGUCAAGAUUGGCAGUUAUUGUUCUUGACAUGCACACAGAUGUCAAGGGCUAUUCCUUGUUCACACUUCCUCAAGUCAGAGAAGAGUUCUGGGACCUGUACAAGAGCUACAUUCAUCAACGACUGCUUGAAGGUGAUCUGCGAAUCUGUCUGUAUGGUCAAAUACCAGCUAUUCGAAGAGCUCCAACGGAAGCUAAAGAUAACUGAAGCGGCUUAUUCAUGCCCAAGAGUUAAGAAUAUUCUGUGUUGCUUGUACCAGUGCAGACCUUUUUUUUCAAAAAAAAAAUUUAGGGGAUACGAAGGAUAAUAUUAAAAAAACCUUAUUGUGGUAGCGAUGAAGUAAUAGUUGCAGGAAGCAAUAACACACAAAUUUUGGAUUGAUGUAACCCGAAGUUGCAAAUUAUGCACAACCUACACGUAUACUAAUCUAAGGCCAUGUAGUUCUGGUAGCUUUUAAUCUGGA